AUGUAUUGUAUUUGGAAUUCGAAAUCAAGCAUUCAACAAGUACCAAGGUAUCAUUGGUUCAUUCAAAACCACACUAUUUCAGAAGAAUCAAAUCUUGAUGUCAUAUCAAAUAUUAUUUGUCCUCAUAAUGCAUUUGUUUCUUGUGGAAAAUUUGUUCAAUGCGAACCACAAAUGACUCCAUAUCAAAUGCUGUUUAUCCUUAUCACAAAAACACUUCUAA